AUGGUCCCAGUCAUGGAGGAAAUCAAAGACUACCUUUACCCUUUGAGCCCGCCUUCCCGUGUCCGCACACGCCCAAUGGAGCUUCUCUGUGUUGGCCCUUCUCGAUCUGGCACAUGGUCUCUUCGAGCAGCCUUGCUCCAUCUGGGCUACGACCAUACCUACCAUGGGUUUGACGUGAUUAUGAACCCACCCGACGAUAAGGCAUGGUAUCUACUUCACCGCCAAAGAUUGAAGCACAACGCAUCACGACAUCCAGGCUCGAAAGAACUCGCCAUAUCAGCUGCCGAGUUUGAUCGAGUCGUGGGCCACUGUGUGGCCAUAACUGAUCAUGCCGCUAACGUCUUUGCACCGGAACUUAUUGCGGCAUACCCCAAGGCAAAAGUCGUCCUCAACAUGCGUCGGGACGUUAGAGCAUGGCAUAAGAGCGUCAUGAAUACCAUCAUCGUACACUCUAGAGACUGGGGAUUCUGGUUUAAAAGUUUCUUUAACACGGACCUCUUUUGGGCCCAGCAAGCGUUUUACCGCGGCACCUUGCACUGGUUUUACCGCGGCGAUUUUGAACAAAAUUCGAUCCAGGUUUUGACGGAACAUUGUGAGAUGAUACGAAGCAUUGUGCCGGAAGAUCAACUGUUGGAGUGGGAUGUUGAAGACGGAUGGGAACCACUGUGCAAGUUCCUAGGCAAGGAAGUCCCAGAUAUACCCUUCCCAAAUACCAACGACUCUGCCUCUUUCUUCAAAAAAUGUGAAGAGAGCUAUGAGGCCCGGGUGUCGAAAGCCACUAAAAACAUGUAUCUAUCCUUUACUGUUUUGCCGUUUGCAAUUCUGCUCUCUGUUUAUUUUUUGCAAUAG